AUGGCCAACACAGCCAAAUCGUACGGGUUCACGGCCCUACCGGCUGAUCAAUCACUGCAAAACCCAAAAACAACCAGCCCAGGCCCUAUGGACACCUCCUCUCUUCAGCCACCGCGUACACCCCUUGCCACGCGUGUUGCCGCGUAUGCCAAAGCUAAAUUGGACGUCGACACCUACCGUCACAGCCUGCGCGUGUAUAGCUACGGCUGUGCCAUUGCCCGUCAAUGUUUUCCGGAAUAUGAACUCGCUCCAGGCUCGGAUCUCGAGGAGACGUGGUUCUUGACUGCUAUGCUGCAUGAUAUCGGGACCAGCACCGAAUUCUUGACAAGUACCCAACUGAGCUUUGAAUUCUGGGGCGCGUAUCAUGCUUUGCAGCUUUUGCAAGACCCAACGAUGACUGGAGGAGAGGGUGUCGCGCCACGCGAGCAGGCCGAGAGUGUUACGGAAGCCAUUAUCAGACAUCAAGACAUUCAGGAUGAGGGAAAGAUCACCUUGAUAACAAGGUUGAUACAUCUGGGCACGCUGCUGGACAAUAUCGGGGCUGGACCUGAAUUGGUGCAUCCCGAAACCAUUGAGAAUGUAGUCCACGAGUAUCCUCGUCCUGGGUGGAGCGGAUGUUUCAAGAAGACGGUCGAGAAGGAGAAGGCCGUCAAACCGUAUGCAAUGGUCAGUCGGAUUCAAGGAUUUGAGGAGAUGAUUCAGAAGAAUGGAGCCAGCGGUGGGUUGAUGGCAAAGUAUGACUGA